GCCGCCGCCGCAAACUCCGGUCACGGCACCCCUCAACCCCCUGCUCGUCGCUCGAAUAUCAACACACCGUCUGCGUUGGGUCAUGGUGAUGGGUUCGGGAUGCCGCCGACACCGCAGUCCGUGCAGCCUCAUGUGGGAGGUGCAGGUGGGAGCGGGAGUAGUGAUGCUUUGCUGUUUGCUGGGUUGGAGAGGUUGAGGACGGAGAAAGCCGAGUUGGAGGGUGUCGUUGCCCAAAAGGAUACCGAAAUCCACCGUCUCCACUCCACCCUCACCGAUCUCCGCACCAAAACCACAAACGUGAAAUCUCGGUUCGCCGGGUUAAGCAAAUUCGUCGAAGGGCUCGGCCGCGAUCAUGAUGAGAUGAAGCGCGAGCAGGCUGCGUGGGUUGAGCGUGUCAGGGGCGUCAAGAGUGAUGUCCAGGAUUGGGGAAAUGCGAUUAGAGAUGCGAUGAGGGGUGUUGAGGAAUGUGGGGAGGGGGUUACGGAGAAGAGGGAGUUGAUUGCGUUCGUGAAAGAUUUGGAGGGACAGUUGUCUAACAGUCAACUUCAUCGGAAUAAUUUGUUGGAGCAGUGUUCCCAUAAUGCGGGGCUUCUUGCGGAAGAACGCGAUCGGGUGCAAUCCCUCGAGGCGGAUCUUCGUCGUGAAUCGACUGCACGUAUCUCACUCAUGGAGAAGUUCGAGGAGCAAAGCAGGACGCUCGUGGAAGAGGCCAUGAAGAAGUCGGGUGAAGGUGUAGAGGGGAAGAUUGCGGAGGUGUUGAAGGCGAUGGAGGGUGUUAUUGACAAAGUUACCAACGUAAUCGAGGAAGAGGGAAAGAAGAAGAAGAUUGACAGGGAGAGUGAGGAGCCUGCUUUUGUGGAGAGGAUUCGGAGCGGGUUCAGAGAUGAGAUCGAAAGUCUCACUUCAUCCUUCAGCAAGCUCCAUGACGACGCCCGUGCGGUACACGAGAAGCGUGCCCAGGAACUUUCGGCUACUAUCGAGGCUCUUCGUGGGGGUAAACAUGAUUUGUUGAAGGCCUUGACCGAGAAGGAUGCUGAGAUUAGGAGGAUGGAGGAGCAGGUCAAGGCGUCCGAGGAGAAGAUGAGGAACGAGCGUGAGAAGAGCGAGAUGGAGAAAAAGGAGCGGGCUACGAAGGAAGAGGUACUUAAGCAAAGGCUGUCAACCAUCGAGAAAGACCUCCGUGAUCGCAUCGAUGCCAAGCCGUCUGCAGAGCAGGUCGAGUCUCACAAUGUCGUCCGCCAACUUCGCGCCGAAUCUGAUGCUAUUAAAGCUGAGUUGGAGACCGUGAAGGACAAGGCGAGGAAGGAGGUUGAGGAGGCGAAGAAGGCUGUGGGUGAGAAGAUGGCUGAGUUGGUUGAUGUACAAGGCAAAAUUCAGGCCAUGAAGGACUCGUCAAAUGCGGGGAGGGAGGAGUUGGCGACCUUGAAAGCGGAUAUGGAGAAGUUCAAAGCACAGUGCCAGCAGCAGUUCGAUGCCAAACUCGCCGAGCACGAGCGCUCUGCCCGCAAAGUCAAGGAAGCCGACGCCGCUCAGCAUCAGAACCUCAUCAAAGCCAAGGACAACAAGAUUUCGAGACUCGAGAAAGAAUUAACCGAGUUGAAGGCGAGAAGAGUCGUCGAAGCCGAGAGUUCCGAGCGGAUUGAGCAGAUGGAGACGGAGCUGGAGGAGUUGAUUGGGAGGAGUGCGAAGGAGAAGGGAGUUCUGGAGAAGAAGGCGUCCGAACUCGAGAAAGACCUGGCUUCAUUGCAGUCGAAGGUGGAGAGUCAGCAGAGCACCGUGUCCAAACAACGUGAGGAAUUCAUGGCUCUUCAUACCGCUAAAUCACAUAUUGAGAAAUCGGCCGCGGAUAAGGUUGUCCAGCUCGAGAAGGAGAUCGAUUUGUUGCACAAGCAACAGCUCGCCCCAUCGAAGCCUUCGCAACAAGUUCCAGCUUCGCCAUUCAGGAACCAGUCGAAGCAGGGAGGUCAAGGUGCUAUCCCACGCUUUUCACAUAUUGCGCAGACGUCAAGCCAGUUGAGUUCGCCCGACAUGUCCUUCGAAGAUGUCGAGGACGAUGAUUUCGUUGAAGUGAAGAAAACCUCGAAAACCAAAGACGAGCGCGAUCCCUUCCGUGAGAAGAAACGCAAGUCACAGCACUCGUCUUCGAAACACGGUAACUCUACCACUCCCUCCAAGGACGGUUCAAUGAGGUUAUCGCAGAGCUGGCACUCCGGGCAGAAGGGGUUCGAGGUGGUAGUGAAUUCGGCGGAGAAGAAGCGCUCGGCGGAGAGUGCAGCGCAUGCGAAGCCGAAGCGUAGAAGGACCUCCGACCGUCUCAAGGAGGAGGAUGUCCCGUCUCCUGUGAGUAUGGUCAUGCCUCCCUCGCAGCAGCAGGCUUCGCGUCCGGCGAGGUCGUCGUCUACGUAUGGUAGGAGAGGAUCCGGAGCGAAGAAAUAGGAUGUCAUAUCAAAGGGAUUCGCGGCGGGAGGGAUCUGGCGUUUGUAUUACUUUACCCAGCGGGCC